AUGUCGUCCGAGGACGGUUCACACUCGUCCGGGAUACUCUCUGGUCUCGCCCCGGCAUUGAACCUCGAUGGUCUCAUUGGACGAUCUGAAGCAACAUCAGCAGACAAGCAGUCAUCCAGAGACACGGAGCAGCCAUCGUCGUCCACAACGGUUGCGGCUUCCAGAAACGAUGCCGGACCCAGUCGCAACCCGGGCGAACCUCACAGCAGGCCUGGCAGCGUCAUGGCGCCUUCUGUCCAGUUCGACGAGCAGAGCUUGCAAGCUACUCCCUCAAAUCAACGGAGAGGCGCUAACGCUUCUUUACCGUCGUCGCCAGCUGCCGGCUCCCACUUUCUAACCGCAUCCCCCUCCGCCGGCUCAAAAGCAUCGCUGCAUGGCAGGAAAGACGCCGCCAAUAGGCAAUCCCAUGCCUCAAGUCAUCGUCAUCACCGCUUGUCCAGUCGUGCAUCGGCGGCCAGCAGCUCCACCAAGAAGGAGCCUCGCUCACACAGUGCGAAAGGCACCAGGAGAAGCAGAGCGAAUCCCACCAUCGUCACCGUACCCGUCUGGGCGCGCGACGAGUCUCCAAGCCCACCUCAUUCGCCCAUGGCCAGUCCGCAAGCUCACAGCAUUCCCAGGUCCUUGCGCGAAAUCGAGUCGCUCAGUCUUCCAGCUGCCGAGUUGGGGAACGAGGAACGCACUCAACAGGGCACCUCGACGCAGGACAAGGGACAGAUUUUUGGCAAGUCCAGCACGGCUUUCGACCGCGCCGUGUCGCCGGAAGCAGUCGAGCAAGCAGAGGCCCAGGAGGCCCAAAGCACAUCGCCCGACCGGUGGUGGACGUUCACACUGCCGCAAAAGUACCGCUCGCGUCUACACGAGCAUCAUCUGCGCAUGGCGUUCCACCACGAGAGGAUGAAGUCCGAGUCGCAAGACAACAUCACAGCCAGCAACAAGGCGAAUCGAAAUCGCAAAGACGGUCAGAGCGCCAAGAAACAGCAGCGUCAAAACUCCAACUCGGACUCGGCGCGUUCCGACGCGAGCAGCAGCGGCGACAGCAGCGACAUCGAGAUGCAGGAGCGCACAAGCAGGGAGCGAGACGAGCCGCAUCACGGCUAUGGCUUCGGUGCAGGCGUGUGGAACGGUAUGGCGGCAGGUCUGGGUGCGAGUGGGCUGCUCAACAACAAGCAGCAUGGCGCUGCACAGUCGCCCAAAGUCACGUCGCCAUCCAAGUUUGGCACCGGCGAGCGCGCAGCACCUUUCACCGACCAGCAGCGUCAGGCAUCGCCGUCACCGGAUGGAACUUCCACGACUCGCGCCGACGAUCGCGACUUGGAGAAGCAGCAGAAGCCUGACCACGAGCCAGAGUACCCGACCAUGUCCUUCAAAGCUCGAGUAGAGAACCCAGAUGUGUUUACCGUCCACCAGCCUGCGACACCUGGUUGGGCUUCGCCCUGGAAACCCGAACAGCGUGGUCACGGAGGGUUGAAUGCGGCUGGCUACUUUCCACGAACGGAAUCCGGACGCACGAUCAGAUCCAACGAGGGGCGAACAAACGGGUGGUACGCCGCUUGGAAGAACUUCUUGAUCCACAACCCUUUCGUGCCGCUUCUCUUCCGCCUCAUCAACAUCGCUUUCACGUCUGCAACGCUGGCAGUGGCCAUCAAGCUGCUCAUCGUGCUUCAAAGCGAGGGCGCCAACGAUGCGGUGGGCGCGUCGCCGCUGGUGGCCAUCAUCUUUGCUCCGCUGAGUCUGAUCCACGUCGGCUUCCAGAUCUGGCUAGAGUACUUUGGACGUCCCAUCGGCUUGUGGACGGUGCAGUCCAAGUUGUCAUACACCGUGGUCGAGCUCAUCUUCAUCUGCCUCUGGUCGUCGGAGCUUUCGUUGACGUUCGACAACUACUUCACGUCGACGCUCGUCUGCGUCAACUACGGCAGCCCGUACGUGGGCCCUCGUGAGACGCCUGCGGAUCGACCAAGCCCCUUGAACGAUCCGAGUCGCAAGCCGUUCAUUUGCAGACUUCAAGGCUCUCUGAUCGGACUCGUAUUUGUGAGCUUGCUCGCCUAUCUCAUCGUUCUUACCGUCUCUCUCUUCCGCAUAUUCGUCAGGGUCACCGGCGGAGGCAGGAGAUAG